AGGCUCUGAGCGCCGCCGCCGCCGCCGCCGGGAGACCGCGCCCGCCCCGGCUCCAAGAUGCUCCGCCAAGGAGGGUUUGCGGAGCUGCUGCUGGUGCUGCUGGGGCUGAAGGUGCCCGGUGCCCUGGGCUGCCCCACCGACUGCGUGUGCUACCCCUCCCCGAUGACUGUCAGCUGCCAGGCUCACAACUUCGUCACCAUCCCCGAGGGCAUCCCUGAGGACAGCGAGAGGAUCUUUCUCCAAAACAACCAGAUCACCUUGCUGCUACGGGGCCACUUCAGCCCUUCCAUGGUCACCCUCUGGAUCUACUCCAACAACAUCACCUUCAUCGACCCCAACACCUUCGACGGGUUCAUCAACCUGGAAGAGCUGGACCUGGGGGACAACCGCUACUUAAGGGCUUUAGCUGCAGACACUUUCCAAGGGCUGGUGAAACUCCACGCCUUGUAUCUGUACAAGUGCGGGCUGAGCUCUCUCCCCAGUGGGAUUUUCGGUGGCCUCCACAACCUGCAAUACCUUUACCUGCAAGACAACCACAUUGAGUUCCUUCAGGAUGAUAUUUUUGUUGACUUGGUUAACCUCAGCCAUCUUUUUCUCCAUGGAAACAAGCUCUGGAGCCUCCAUCAGAACACGUUCAGGGGACUAAUAAACCUGGAUCGGCUGCUCAUCCAUCAAAAUCAGCUGCAGUGGAUUCAUAGGCGGGCUUUUCAUGACCUCCGAAGAUUGACCACCCUUUUCCUGUUCAAUAACAGCCUCUCGGAGCUGCAGGGGGACUGCCUGGCCCACCUGGGAGCCCUGGAGUUUCUCAGGCUGAACGGGAACCCGUGGAGCUGCGACUGCAAAGCCCGUUCCCUCUGGGAAUGGCUGCACAGGUUCAGAGGCUCCAGCUCCAGCGUCAUCUGCGAGUCCCCCGAGCAGAUGCACGGCAAGGACCUCAAGGUGCUAAGAGCAGAAGACUUUAGGAACUGUUCAGGGUCCGAGUCGCUCCACCAGAUGAAAACACACACCUUCUCUACGGCGGACAGAGGAUCCUCCAAAUCCCACCACCCUCACCACUCCUCCAAGGAGAAGGGGAAGGAGCGAGGGGCUGAGAACAGUUUGCACCAGCCCCCCGGCCCGCCCGGCUCCCGGCCGGGCUACCGCAAACCCGGCAAGAACUGCACCAGCCACAAAAGCCGCAACCGCACCUCCAAACCGGUGUCCUUGGGGCCGCGCAAACACGGGCAGGAGGUGCCAGACUAUGUGCCUGAUUAUCAGCACAAAUACAGCUUCGGGGCCAUGCCCACGCUGUCCCCCAAGCGCAAGGGUAAGUGCACCCGGCGGACGCCCAUCCGCCCGCCCAGCGGGGUCCAGCAGGCUGCCGGCUGCCCGGGGCUCAGGGCGUCGCUCCUGGUUUUUCUGGUGGUGUUGGCGGCCGUCAUCCGCUGAGCCUCCCCAGCCCCGGCCGCGGACGGAGCGGAGCUGUACUGCCACCAAUCUACAAAGGACCAGAGUUUCUUUUCUUCUUGUUUUUUUGUACGUGGCUCAGCGUUGGCCUGGCGAAGGGAAGAACGUUGUCUCGGCUUCUGAGGGUUGUCUCCGUGCCCGGCCGGACUGUGCCGAGCGCAACGGGAGCAGAUUAAAAGGCAUUAUCACACCUUGUCACAAACAGCCUAACCGAGCACCUACAACAAUAACAACAAAAAAAGCCAACCUUACAAAAAAAGCAGAUAACAGGGAUGGUAACCAAUUGGUCGGUGACAGCACCCAGACAAAUGGACUGUAUCCAUGCUCUUGUGAAAUCCCGUUCGUUUGAGAGCGCUCCGAACGACCCCUCCAAUUACCGAAAGGAACAUAAUUGCUGUAAAAACCAUCACCGAUUAAGCCUACACUGAUUCUCUCUGAAAGCGAGUGCAAGGACACUGAUACCGAUGUAAUAAGGACAUUUGGUUCUCCCACGUUUUAGCCCUUUUGGCUCCAAACCCAGAGGCCAAAGUUGGCUGGGAAUCUCUUAGAAGACAAUCUCAAACCCCUGAAUAUCUCAGGCAUUACAGCAGAACAGGGCUUGCCUGCUGGGCUUGGAGUAGCCAACAACCAAAGGAAAGACUGAUUAGAGGUGGAAUUUAACAAAAAAAAAAACAAAAACCAAA